GUCAGCUACACCAGCUACACUCUCUAGUGCGAGGGAGAGGGCAGAGCCGGGCGCCGGGCGCGGUGGGAGAGCGGAGGAGCGGAGCCGAAGGAGAGUGGUGGGAGAUUUGGAGGCUGGGUUGACCUCGGUGGGCCCGCCACUGCCACUGCAGGCUGCAGGCUGUUAGUAGCACAGUGUGGAGAAUAUACGGCCGCUCGGCAGGCAGUUCAUCCGUGUUUGCGCUCGUCUUAGGAGCCAACAUGAACAACAACGUCGAGAAGGGCGAGGAGGACGUGCCGACGGCGCUGCGCAUGUCCAGGAUUCUGAAGGAGAAGGUUGUGCCCGACCUCCUGGCCGACGGCACGCUCGGCGAGGGCUGGCAAGUUGACGACGUAAGAAACGCGCCCAUCGGAGGCCUCGGCCAGGACCACUUCGCCUCCACGACGCUCACGACGAGCGUCGACCUCAGUCGCACCGGCGGAGAGAAACGAUCGGUCUCGUUAGUGUCCAAGUGCAUGGUGCCGGGUGAGACCAACGGGGAGUUCUUCGACGUCGACGCACAGGCUGACAACGAGGUCAACAUGUACAACAAGGUCUUCCCCUUCUUCCAGAAGCUCGCGUCCGGCUCCGAAGUGCCCGUCGGCGACGUUUUCCCGAAGUCCUACUGGGCGCGAAGCCACUGGAACGGCGUGAUCUCGCUGACGAUCAUGGAGGACCUGCGGGAGAAGGGCUUCCGCCUGGCCAAAGAGCGCACUGCCCUGGACCGGGAGCACGUCGUGCUGGCCCUGCGCGCCAUCGGCCGCAUGCACGCCUGGUCGUACGCCGCCAAGGCCCGCUGCCGGAACGAGUUCCUGCAGCGCGUGGUGCCGCUGCUGCGCGAGUCGUGCUACAACGAGCGGUGGCGCGUCGAGAUGGCCCCGAUGAUGAAGCGGGUGGUGCACCGCGGCAUCGACCUGUUGGAGGAGCGCCUGCGCCAGGACGGCGACACGGCGCGCCUGGCUAAGCUGCGCCGCAUGUCGGACGUGGUCGGCGACGUGUACUCCGUCAUGACCGGCGCGUCCGAGCCCCGGGAGCACGUCGCCGUCAUCGCGCACGGCGACUUCUGCAGGAACAACAUGCAGUUCCGCUACGGGGAGGGCGGCCGGCCCGAGGAGGUCUGCCUCUUCGACUUCCAGAACAGCAAGUACUGCUCGCCCGCGCUCGACCUGUCGUUCUUCCUUUUCAUGAACACCUCGCCCGAGCUGCGGGCGACGCAGUGGGACGCGCUGCUCCAGGAGUACUACAACAGCCUCAGGUCCACGGUCGACCGGCUCCUGGAGGGUCACGACGUUCACCCGGACUUUGUGAUGCCGACACUGCAGACGGUCCGGGACGAGCUGAAGUCGCACGCCCUGUACGGCUACGUGAUCGUCGCCUUCUUCCUGCCCCAGAUGAUGACGCCCCCGGAGGAGCAGUUGCCGAUAGAGGAGGUGAAGGAGAUGCUCGCCUCGAACCCCGACGCCUUACUCGACCUGAUGCUUCAAUCCGGCGGGAAGGCGGCCAACGAAGUCCUCACCACCGUAGUGCGCGAGUUUGUGGAAAUGGACCUCAUCCCCUAAACUACCUAAACGUAAACGCAAAUCCAAAACUGGGAUCUUACUGCGUUUCGUUUUCCGUCGUGAUAUUUUCGUGAAAAGUAUUCAUACGCAUCAGCAGGCAGCCGCAUCUCCGUCAAUCAGUAUUAUCAUAUUGUUAAGAACGUGCUCAAUAAAGGUGUACAUAUUUCUA